UACUCACCAACGGUUAUUGUUUUUGAGUAGUUAGCUGCGGUGCAUGUCGACUUGUUUCCGUUUGGGUUUCGGAGGUGAGCAAGGCUACCCUACUUUCGACUCCAGCGAUAGAAUUACGUCGUACUCACAAAGCUACUUAAAGCGAGCAGCGAUGAGCAAGCUGGUGGACACACCUCCUCAGGGCAAGACAUACUCGGCAGAAGAGGGGAUGACCCGCGAAGGCGCGGCGGGUACGUCGCUCGUGGACCCGUCUCUGGAGUACACGGACCCCACCCCCGACAUCCACGCCCUCUUCCUGCAGUUCAACGACCGCUUCUUCAGGGGACGCCUUGCCGCAGUGGAGGUGAAGUGGAGCUCCAGAAUGACGUCGAAUGUCGGUGUUUGCACGUACGAGGGAGAGGAUGGACUGUGCACUAUCAGACUAAGUGAACCUCUGCUGAAACUGCGCCCGAGGAAGGACCUAGUGGAAACACUUCUGCACGAGAUGAUCCACGCGUACCUGUUCGUCCGCAACAAGGACCGCGACCGCAGCGAGCACGGGCCGGAGUUCCACAAGUACAUGCGGCGCAUCAACCGCGAGGCGGGCACGUCCAUCACGGUGUUCCACGAGUUCGACGACGAGGUGGAGUUCUACCGGCAGCACUGGUACCGCUGCGACGGGCCCUGCCUGCAGUGGCGGCCCUGCUUCGGCACCGUCAAGCGCUACAGCCGCUGCCCGCCCGGUCCCAGGGACUCCUGGUGGCGCCGCCACCAGCAGCUCUGCGGCGGCACCUUCCGCAAGAUCCACGGCCCUGAGGGCUACGUCAAGCCUACAAAGGAAGAAUAACGAUAGGAAAACAUAAUCAUAAAACGUCAUUGGAAUACUGAAGACACUCCGGUAGAAAAACCUGCACCUACAAGAAGAAACUGAAAAACAACAAAUAAACAAUUUUUAACUUUAAUGAUUUUAAAAAUGAUUUGCUGGUCAACAAAUAUUAUUUUAAAAUGUAAACUUUUUAAUAAAUUUUAAUAGGAA